AUGUCCUCCAGCAGAGAACGCCGCAUUGUCAAAGAGCUGGCCGACAUCAAUGCCGAUCAGGAAAAGACCCGCGUGUAUGCUGCGCCCCAUGACGGCGUCUCCCUGAGCACCCUUGAUGGCAAAUUCCAGGGUCCUCCCGACACGCCCUACGAAGGCGGCAUCUACGAAGUCUUCAUUGAGCUACCCGAUGAGUACCCCUUCAAGCCCCCAGAGAUAAAAUUCAAGACCCCGAUCUGGCACCCCAACAUCUCCUCUCAAAGUGGCGCAAUCUGCCUCGACACUCUCCGAACGGCUUGGUCUCCAGUUCAGACAAUCAAGACGACGCUGCUCUCCCUACGGGCGCUCCUCGAAUCCCCCAACCCGAAUGACCCCCAAGAUGCCGUGGUCGCCCGCGAGAUGCUGUACGAGCCCGCCAAGUUCGCUUUCAAUGCCCACUCAUGGGCCGUCAAACACGCCGGCGCGACGCUUAGCGAUAAGUUCACCCACGACCUCUCGGCGCCACCCCCCUCGGCCCCUCCUGCGGCGAAGGAGCUUGAAUCUGGCGAGUUCAACCCGCGCCUUGUCGACAGGUUUGCGGAUAUGGGCCUCCCCAGACAAACCAUCAUCUCAGCGUUUCGGGAUGUUGGCGUGCCGAGCCAUCGUGCUAACCCGUCCUACGAACCCGAUGGAGGGGUUAUUGACGCCGUGGUGCAGCGGGUAUUCGCCACGCAAUAG